AAAUAUCUCAAGUCCUGGAAAGGGCCAAGUAGAUCCAUCGCCGCCUAGGGUUUCUGUUCGCCUCUGCCCUCGGGUUAGCUCCUCCAUAUGUAAGAGAUGCUUACUCUGCUGCAUGAUUUUUGUUGAUUAAUUUAGUUUCAGUUGAAGCUCAACUGAUUGAAAAUGUCAGAAGCAGAUGAAUAUCGCUGCUUUGUUGGUAGUCUCUCAUGGUCAACUACCGAUGGAGGUUUGAAGGAUGCAUUUAAAAAGUUUGGCCAUCUUACUGAGGCAAAGAUUGUUCUUGACAAGUUUUCUGGCCGUUCUCGUGGAUUUGGCUUUGUUACUUUUGAUGACAAAGAUUCAAUGGAAGAGGCAAUUGAAGCCAUGAAUGGAAUGGAUCUGGAUGGACGCUCAAUUACUGUGGAAAGAGCACAACCUCAAGGACCUGGUAGCAAGGACCGUGAUUCAGGACGUGACUAUGAACGCAAUCGUGGUCAUGACUAUGAUAGGGGCCGUGGUAGGGAUUUUGGUGGUGGUCGCGGACGAGGUUCAGGUGGUGACUGUUUUAAGUGUGGAAAGCCUGGCCAUUUUGCAAGGGAAUGCCCUUCAGGUGAUGGUGGAAGAGGGGAUAGAUAUAGUGGCAGAGAAGAUUCAUACGGGGGUAGUCGUGGCAGUAACAAUCGAUAUGGACCUGAUCGUAACGGGGAUCGGUUCAGUUCUCGCAACAGAGAUGGGGGAAGCCGUGGGGGCAGUGGAGGUGACCGUUAUAAUCGUGAAAGGGCUGGCCCAUAUGACCGUCCCAAUGGAGGUGGUGGCAACAGAUACUGAUUGUUACUUGUGUUGCAGUAUGCAGUGCAAAGCUAGUUUUAUAAUGUUCCAACUGAUUAUGGUCGGAGUGGGUCUAUGCAACUGGCUUCAGUUAUGGUGUUCUACUGUUCUUUACUACUUUGGAAUUGUCAUUUAUGCCACUCUUGCCGCACCUCAGUGCUUGAAUAUCACUCAGAUGUUAAUGUUAUUUCGACAAGUGCCUUGUUCUUGAUGGAAAACUACUGCAUUUAGAUACA